AGCUGGGAUCUUUCUGCUGCGUCUAUAAACGCGUCUGAGGUCCUAAAAACCGCCUUAAAGAUGGCUUCACUCGCCAGAACAACGCUACUGCCGUUGAGGACUGCAGCAGUGCUGAGACUGACGGGGUCUCGCCUGUACGCAUCCAGUUCUGCGCCCACAACCAAACUCUUCAUCAAUGGUCGGAUGGUGGAGUCACAGGCCACAGAAUGGAUCGACGUACACAACCCUGCGACUAACGAGGUGGUGACGAGAGUUCCCAAGUCGACCCAGGCGGAGAUGCAGGCGGCGGUGGACGCGGCGAAGGCGGCGUUCCCAGCCUGGUCGGAGACAACCAUCCUCACACGCCAGCAGGUCAUGUUCAAGUUCCAGCAGUUCAUCAAGGAAAACAUGUCUGAACUUGCCAAAAACAUCACAAUGGAACAAGGGAAGACGCUGGUGGAUGCAGAGGGAGAUGUGCUCAGAGGACUGCAGGUGGUCGAGCACUGUUGCAGCAUCCCAUCGCUACAGCUGGGGGAGACCAUGGCAGGCAUUGCUAAGGACAUGGACACCCACACGUUUCGGCUCCCCCUAGGGGUGACGGCCGGAAUUACACCGUUCAACUUCCCUGCCAUGAUUCCGCUCUGGAUGUUUCCCAUGGCAGCUGUUUGCGGGAACACGUGCGUGAUGAAGCCGUCUGAGCGAGACCCUGGCGCCACCAUGAUGCUGGUGGAGAUGGCGAAGGAGGCGGGACUUCCUGACGGAGUCGUUAACGUCAUCCACGGACAGCACGAUGCUGUGAACUUCAUCUGUGACAACCCUGACAUCAAAGCCAUCUCCUUCGUGGGUUCUGACACCGCCGGCCAGUACAUCUAUGAAAGGGGGUCCAAAAACGGGAAGAGAGUUCAAUCCAACAUGGGAGCGAAAAACCACGGAGUGAUCAUGCCAGACGCCAACAAGGAGAACACACUUAACCAGCUGUGUGGAGCUGCGUUCGGAGCGGCUGGCCAGCGAUGUAUGGCGCUCUCCACGGCCGUGUUUGUGGGUGAGGCCAGAGAGUGGAUCCCUGAACUCAUCGAGAGGGCAAAACAGCUCAAGGUCAAUGCUGGUGACCAGCCGGGAGCAGACCUGGGUCCACUGAUCUCGCCCGAGGCGAAGCAGCGCGUGUGCGACCUGGUGCAGAGCGGCGUGGAGCAGGGCGCGGAGCUGUUGCUGGAUGGGCGCGACGUCAAGGUCCCCGGCUACGAGAAAGGCAACUUCGUGGGUCCCACUAUCCUCCACAAAGUCGACCCGAAGAUGAAAUGUUACGAGGAGGAGAUCUUCGGCCCGGUGCUGGUCUCCAUGGAGGUCGACACCCUUGAUGACGCCCUGCAGGUCAUCAACUCUAACCCCUACGGUAACGGCACCGCCAUCUUCACGACCAACGGUGCCACGGCGCGCAAGUUCACCCAGGCCGUGGACGUCGGACAGGUUGGCGUGAACGUGCCCAUCCCGGUGCCCCUCCCGAUGUUCUCCUUCACCGGCUCACGCGGAUCCUUCAGGGGAGACACCAACUUCUACGGCAAGGCGGGUAUCCAGUUCUACACGCAGAUAAAAACAGUCACAUCGCUGUGGAAAGAGUCGGACGUGUCGCACACCAAGGCGGCCGUCGCCAUGCCAGUCCAGAAGUAACUUUCACCUGCGCAGAACAUCCUUCCGUCUUAGAAGUAACUCUCACCCGUACCAACCAUUCUGCCAUCUUAGAAGGAACUUUUACUCACAGAGAAACAUCGUGUCAUCUGUGAAUCACCUUUUACAGAGAACAAAAACCUAAUAAUUUAUAGAUUAACAGAAUCUGAAACAAAGUUGAAAUACAAAGUAGUGUGUCAUCCUAUUUCUGAAGCAAAAUUGAACUUUGAUUUUCAACAGAAGAAUUCAAUUUUUUUACUCUCCAACUUCAGCCUUUGUGUGGAGAACUGCAGUCCAACUUUGCCUCAGAAUGAUAUCUACCACCACGGACAAAGUUUCAACAGAUUAACAAUUACAGAAUCAUCCA